CUAAAAGCCAUGCGAUAGACUUCACUCGAGCGACACAAUUUCGUUAAAAGCUGCUCAAAACGGAAAGGCAGGAUUCAGCACCAGCGAUGUUCGGCGCUGACAUCAGGAAAAUUAUCUCAGCGACAUACACAAAAUUGCUUCAACAUUGUAUAAAAUAGCUUCAGAAUGUUCGCUCAUUGCUGAUCUUUCCUUUCUCCUGUUCUCAAUCCUCGUCAUUUACGACACUUACAUUUUCUUUUCAAGGAGCGGAGAAGCCGGAUAACGAAUACCCGGAGAUGUCGACAACGCUGGGAGCGUUCAUCGCUGGUGGCAUAGCUGCAUGCGGUGCUGUCACGGUCACUCAUGGCUUCGAGACGGUGAAGAUUCGACUACAGUUGCAGGGAGAAUUGCAGUCCAAAAAGGACGCGCCGCGACUUUAUAGAGGUGUCCUACACGGCGUCGGCGUCAUUUACAAGAAUGAAGGACUCAGAGGCCUGCUUCGCGGCAUAAACUGUGCUUAUGUCUACCAGAUCAUGCUCAACGGCUGCCGUCUCGGCUUCUAUGAACCUAUCCGCUCCAGUCUGACGAAGGUCAUGUACAAGGACCCUUCCCAUCAAUCAUUCGGUAUAAACAUUUUUUCUGGGGCUUCAUCUGGCAUCCUAGGUGCCAUGGCCGGCUCGCCCUUCUUCCUCGUCAAGACUCGCCUACAGUCGUAUUCCCCUUUCCUACCAGUCGGCACCCAGCACAAUUACCGGGGCGCUUGGGAUGGACUCUCUUCCAUCUACCGAAACGAAGGUGUGAAGGGUCUUUACAGAGGUGUUGUACCGGCGAUGGUGAGGACAGGUUUUGGAAGUAGUGUGCAAUUGCCUACAUAUUUCUUUGCGAAGAGACGACUGCAAAGACAUUUGGGUAUGGAAGAUGGCCCUGCUUUGCACCUGGCAAGUAGUACAGUCAGUGGCUUUGUAGUUUGCUGCGUCAUGCAUCCACCCGACACAGUAAUGAGUCGCAUGUACAAUCAAACAGGCAACCUAUAUAGCAGUGCAUGGGAUUGUCUGAAGAGCACAGUAAAAGUUGAGGGACCGCUAGCUGUGUACAAGGGCUUCUUUGCCCAUCUGGCGCGUAUAUUACCCCAUACAAUCCUGACACUAUCACUCGCAGAGCAGACGAACAAGGUCAUGCGUAGAAUCGAAGCUAGAAUAUUACGUCAGGAUGCUGUGGACGAGAAGAUACCCUAGAGCAAGACAGAAGGAGGGAAAGCUAUAAUGCAUUGACGCAUUUCAUCGAAGCUUGUAUAUAAUUUCUGGGUCAUUUCUGGGUACUUCUCAUACCUGCAUCGUGCAUGAGCUCCUGGCUAGAGAGCUCACGGUAUCCUUUCUCGGCGCUGACCGGCAAUUGUCCUCAAUCUGGCCGACAUUUGGUACCCUCAUAGCUUCGGCAAUCUCCUUUUUCGACGCAUAACGGUGUGGCUACUCUUGGUUUUGACGCGCUCUUCAUAUUCUUCCAAAGUUUCUUCGUUAUCUGAAAGCGACCGCUUCUUUAACACG